AUGAAAUGGGAAUUGCUUGCGGAACAUCGCGACAAAUAUAUCAAGAAAAUCCAGAAAGUCACAAAGACUGGCUCCUGGCGUCCCAGGUCUGCACCAGGGUCGCCAUCCCCACCCAAGCCUGCUAAGAGUAAUCAAGACCAGGGGCAAUACGGAAUGAACCAGCAACUUCCACAACCUUCUUCUCAAGGCUUAAGGCUGGAUGAUUCUCACGACCUAGGCACCGGGUAUCCUACUAUCAAAAACUCAAGAUCUGUUACACCACCCCUGGUUGCCUCUUACAAUAAAGUUGCACCACUGGAGGCCUACACACCUCAUCGUGGAUCUCGUCUUCCCGCACUACGUACUCAAGGCGAGGCUCUGAAUGACUUGCCGACUAACCCUCACAACCCCCCAAGGUCAAGUAUCAUCACUGUGGCACAUGCUAAUGAUAUGGUUUCUUCCCAGAAUCACCGUCCGUCAUCGGUACACGGCGAUUCCGCUAUUAUGCCUUCGCCGCCUCGCCAUUCUCCUUACGCAGAUGACCACCUGGCGUUGGGCGUGGUGACACCUGCACCACAGCGCCAACACCCCCGCCUUGCCCCUCAUUCUACUGGACAACUCCCAUCGUACUACCUUCCAACCUUCUCUCCAGCCCCGUUCUGGAAAUAUGUCUAGUUUGGGUCUACACCUGCAAAGCCCGGAGACUAUACCCCUUUGAAGGAUUUGCAUAGGUCUUCUCCACCACCGGUUUCUGGGCCUAAGGGAAGCAGUAGGAUUAGAGAAUUGGGCAGUCCGUUGAAGGAACGUGGUAGCAGUUGUCACUUGGCGGGGGCGGGACAAGCCUCAUACCGGAUAUCAAGGAAGAUGACGAUGAGGAUGAACUUGGUGACAUGCAAGGUAUUGAUUUGGCUAGGUAAGUUCACCCUCUCCCAAAGUCCCUUCAAGUGCAAUAAGGUGUGCUAACGGCCAUAGGGGGUUCGAAAAAAUCGGAAAAUUCCACUUGAAUGGAAGGAUUGCUGGGGCCGACUGCGGCGCGCCUUGA